AGUUCAAGGAUGGCAAAAAAACGUGCAAAGGACAAGGUGUCCCCUGCCUUACCUCAAACCCCCGCAAAAAAGGCUGAAAUUCUUCAAAACCUUGCAAGUACUCCUCGCACAAGGAAGAUUCUUGAAAAAAAGAAGUUCGUGAGACCAGUUGAGGAGCAACAAAAUAUCGAAGCAAUGGAGUGUUUGGUAGAAGAUUUGGCAGAAGGAUUGUCCAAAGUCAAAAAAGCUAAGUCGACUGAUGAAAGAGCAGCUUAUAACUGUACGCGCUCUUUGGCUUUUGGAUCUUCUGUCAAAAAAAACAAGCACCAAACACGGAUUGCCAAGAUGAUGGGAGUAAAAAGAAGCCAGGUGUCCAAAGCUAUCAAACAUAGAGAAAGAGUUUUGAAGGGUGAUGAGGCCUGCUGGUUGAGCACAAAAAGAAAUGUCAGGUGUGACGCGAUUAAAGAAGAAGAUAAGCGUGUUAUCUACGAUUUUUGGACCCUACAAGCAAGUCGACCCACUGGAUCCAAAAGAGACAAGAUGCGGCAACGAAUUGGCAAAAAGGAGUAUGUGGAGCACGCAAAGCAUAUCCUUGAAAAGACUCAAACAGAGUGUUUCAAAGAAUUCCAGGAGCUACAUCCCGACAUAAAAGUGAAACAACGAAGAUUUGAGCAGUUGAAGCCUUUCUUUGUUACUGGAGCUAGAGAGAGAGAUAGACAAUCUUGCUUGUGUAGGAAGCAUGUAGAAUGCAAAAUUGUAUUUGAUUCUUGCAUGAAAUAUCGAAAAUCCAUACAAAAUAAUGAAGUUCAAGCCUUUAAUUUUCUCACUGAAGCUGUGGAAUCCACAUUGUGUGAAAAGCCAGAAGACUCCAGCUAUUCCUCUCUAGACUGCCUGACAAGGAGCUGUGACAAGUGUGGGGUGAAGAACUUCAAGACAGCAGCUGAAGAAAUGUCUGAAACUGAAGUCAAGUGGAAACGAUAUGAAUACAUAACGUACAAAGAUAACAAUGGCGAGGAAAAAAGGAAAAUCCACUUGGUCCAAAAAGAAACUCCUGUCAAAGAGAUGUUUGACUAUUUCCAGCAACUCCUGAAAGAUUAUCCCUACCAUUCAUUUAUGGCCAAAUGGCAAAAAGAACAGUUUGAUCAUUUAAUGACAAACCUGCCUCUCAACCAUAUCAUCUGUGUGCAUGAUUUUUCUGAGAAUUACACUUGCAGAUCACAAGAUGAAAUUCAAUCAGAGUAUUUCGAUCCUGUGAAAGUCAGCAUUCAUGUGUCAAUUGUCUAUCGCCAUGCUGAUAUUGACAUUGAUGGCAAAGCAAGUACAGAACAAGACCCUGUCCUCAUCAAAGAGCACAUCUUUGCCCUUUCAGAAGACAACACUCAAGACUACCAUUUUGUACACCACACCCAAGGCCUAAUACUGACGUACCUUAGGAAUGAGGUCAAAGUGAAAGUAGACAAAGUUCAUGAAUUCACUGAUGGGUGUGCUGGACAAUACAAAUCUAAGCACACUUUUGGUGAUUUGUCAUGUUCUUUGUCUGACUUUGGGUGUCAGGUGGACCGGCAUUUCUUUGAAACCUCUCAUGCAAAAGGAGAGCAAGAUGCA